AUGCACGAAAGCACGUAUCGCUUUCAUCAAGUCUUCGUGGUCGCUCUUCUUUUUCAACUCUCCUCCCUCCCUCCCUCCCUCCCUCCCUCCCUCCCUCCCUCCCUCCCUUGGUCGUGCGAAGCGCCCGGUGAGAAGCUUGGAGUGCGUUUUGGUGACCAGAUCGUGGACUUGAUUCGGCAGGAUAAGGGGCCACUUGUCUACCAAGAGAGCAAGCUCUUCAAUAGCGAGACUUUCCUGAUCAACGUGUACGACCAUACGAAGCGGCGGGCAGUCACUUUCGAAACUUAUGGCCUGGAGACGCAGGAUCAGUUUCACAUCCAGUACAGCUACCAGGACUUCGAUGGACUCUUUCGCUUCAAUGCCGAGCUGAUGAAUCCCAAUCGGAAAGAAGGCCGAUUUCAUUGGAUUGCGGAGCGGCUGGCCAUUCUCACGGUCGGAAAAGACCGGCAGCUGAAGCUGCAGCCGGAGCCAACACCAGAGGUGCCCGAGCUUCCCAUUUAUGAGACGGUGCGAAAGAUCCCCACGGGACGCAUGGACUUGAAAGAGCGACAAAGGCUACGCGAACAAAUGGACAUGCUAGACAUCAAGCGCAAUGAGAACAUUGCGAAGCGAAAGCAAGAGUCCAGACAGAAGUUUCUGCAACAUGUCUUCUGGCUGAAGGAAGAGGACAAGAGGCUCAAGCGGGAGCAUCACGAGAAGCUCGAAGCCGAGCGCACUCGUCGAGUCCAGAUGAAGGAAGAGCUCGAAAGAAGACAAAAGGAGGCGAGCCGCCUCGAGAAGGAGCGACAGCGACAGCGCCGGAUUGCCGUCGAGGCAAAGGAGGAGCGCACCGAAGAGCGCGAUGCGGAAGACUACAGGCAGCUCCGUGCCAGAUGGAAGAUGCGAGACGCCGAACGAGCCAAGGCGAUCGCAGAGGCCAUCGGGCGCAAGGAGCUUGACCUAGCGGAGCUUCGAAAGAAGCAGGCCGAGGAGAAGAAGGUGGCGGAAGAGAUCAUGCGAAAGCGUCAGGGUGCCUGGGACGCCCGAGAGGAGCGAAUUCGCCGAAAAAGCCAAGCAUGGCUAAAAGCAGUCCUCGAAGUCAAGGCUGAACGGCUGCGUAUGGCCAAGAUGAUGCAGGAGCGAAAUCAGGAGUACCUGAAUUUGCUCCAUAGCCUCCGCCAGCCGAUCUUCGAGGCGCAGCUGAAGAGGAUGGAAGAGCGCAAAAUGGCUGCAGAGGCAAUUGCCCAGUCGACCGCCGCGUACCACGAGAAGCGUGCGGUACCGAAGAAGGUCAAGAAGAAGGGCAAGAAUGCGCAGAAGGACGACAUGUCCAAGGAGGGCAACAAGCGGUCUAGCCGCACUGUCCAGGAGUCUGGCAAGUCAGACACGGACAAAGUCCUUGACGCUGUGGAAGCCAAGAUGCGGGCUGAAAUGGAAGAGCAGCACCGACGAGCAAAGUUUGAGAGACUGCGUGACAAGCGCAUCAAAGACCUCCAGGAGGCUCGAAAGCAAAAGUGUGCCGCCCACAUGGCUGCCGUCGGCUCGGACUGGUCUGAUUUUGCAUGUAAGGUAUUUCAGACGCAAAUUGCCAAAAAGAUUCAGUGCUGGCUAUUGACCAUCUUCUGCAACGGAGUAUGUCUGUCAAGCUCGAGCAGGCCAUUGACCACAGGUUAG